AUGCAUCGUGGAGCUUUUCACGACUACUGGGCCGACUCCAACUGCAUUGUGCUCCUGGUCGUGCACUGUAAGGACUGUGACCAGGCAGUACAGCAAGCUAGAAUAGCAGUGGCCUCGGGGGCUCAUGGUAUACUCCUGAUUAACCAAGUCGAGAAUGAUGACGGCUCGGUCACUACGUUGCCUGUCAACCCCGACUUCACUCGUAUUAUAUCUGCUGUUCGCCGAGCCAUUGGAGAUAAGCCCUUCCUCGGUGUGAACUGCCUCGCAAUGACUGCUGAUGUAGCCUUACCCCUGGUGACCAACGAUGACUGUAGAAUCGACGCCUACUGGGCCGACGAUGCACGCAUUGACGAAGGACGUGGUGUUGCGGACCAGGUCGAAGCUGAGAGAAUCAGCAGUGUACGAUCAGCUCACUCAAGCAUAAAGUUUUACUUCGGAGGUGUGGCAUUCAAAAAGCAACGAGUGGUUGCUGAGGAGGACUGGUCAAAGGCCGUGGCCCUGGCUACUCCCUUUAUGGACGUAGUUGUUACCUCUGGUACUGCUACUGGUGUGCCUGCUGACAUCAACAAGAUCAUUCAAUUUCGCCAGGCUGCUGAUACGAAUGCUCUCGCGGUCGGCUCUGGGGUCACGCCCGAGAACAUUGACAAAUAUUUGCCCUACGUCGACUGCAUCAUAGUCGCCACUGGUGUCUCGAAGUCUUUCCAUGGGUUUGAUGUUGGCAAACUGGACAAACUCUUAUGUAAGUGUCGUGGGUACCCAUGGUAUGCUGGUAUGAUGCAGCCCCGAGUGAGAGAGCCGUCCUCGGACUUUGCCUGGCUUGAUCCUUCAGCGAUCUAUGGUGAUAAGUAUGCCUGGUCGGCUCUACUGGAGGACUUGCGCGCGAAGAUCUCUCAUGUCGCGGGAGAGGACAGCGUUGCAGCUUUGGCUGGUGUCGAUGCGACUGGCUUCAUCACAGGAGGAGCCCUCAGUGCUUUAAUAGGCGUUCCCUUCAUUAUCAUACGCAAGGCCAAUAAGCUAUGUGUUCAUACCAUUGGUGUUGAUUAUGUCGACUAUUCUGGCAAGACUAAAAGGCUGGAAAUCAGGUCUCAAUCACAUGUAUCUGUUUCUGCGGCUAGCACUGGUGUUAUCGUAGUGGACUAG